GCCUGUCUUUAUAUAUAACGACACCAGGCAGCAGAGCGGAGUCUACUGGAGAGUGCAUAUCAUUUACAAAUCAUUUCAACCCUUUUUUUUCCCUUUCUGAAAAGCCGCCAACCCACCGGAAAUAUAAUUCGCCGGCACAAAAAAAGGAUGGUGCCGAUGGCGAUGGGAAUGGGAACGGAGGCUGUGUGGGGGACGCUGGGCUCGACGGUGGUGACCCUCAUGCUGGUUUGGGCGACUUUCUCCCAGUACUGCCCCUACGAAGUCCUUACUUUUUUGAAGAGACACACCAAGAGAUUGAGAAGGCUGUUCUACCCCUACGUCCACAUCUCCUUCCACGAAUUCUCCGGCGACAACUUCAGGGGAGGCAACUCCGGCAACAUGUACAAAGCCAUCGAGCGCUACCUCGCCGCCAAUUCCUCCGAUCAGGCUAAGCGUCUCAAAGCGGAGGACAUCAAGGACUCCCAGGCUCUGGUUCUCAGCAUGGACUAUUUCGAGGAGGUCACCGACGACUUUCAGGGGUUCAAACUCUGGUGGGUCUCCAACAUGAACCUCCCCACCAACCAAACCAUCUCUUUCCGCGGCGGAGAUGAAGUCAAGAAGUUCUUCACCCUCAAAUUCCACAAGAAGCACCGCGACAUCGUCACCGGAGCUUACCUGAAACACGUGUUGGAGCAGGGGAAGGAGAUCACGGUGAAGGACCGGCAGAGGAAGCUGUACACCAACAUAAGGAACGACGGAACAUAUUUCAGCCCUUACCGGAGAAUGUGGACCCAAGUCGCCUUCGAACAUCCGGCUACUUUUGCAACCAUCGGAAUGGACCCCAAAAAGAAGCAAGAAAUCAUAGACGACCUUAUCACCUUCAGCAAAUCAAAAAAGUACUACGCUAAAAUCGGGAAGGCGUGGAAGCGUGGGUAUCUCCUCUACGGCCCUCCGGGCACCGGGAAGUCCUCUAUGGUGGCGGCAAUGGCUAAUUUUCUUGAAUACGACGUGUAUGACCUGGAAUUGACCGCCGUGAAGGAUAACACUACCCUGAGAAAGCUCCUAAUCGACACUUCCAGUAAGUCCAUUAUCGUCAUCGAGGACAUUGACUGCUCUCUGGAACUCACCGGCCAGAGGAAAGGUAAACCAGAGGAAACAGAGGUAGACGACCCGUUGAAGAUCGGGAAAGAGAAGAAAUCUGAAGAGAAGAAGAGCGAAGUGACGCUCUCCGGUCUUCUCAACUUCAUCGACGGCCUCUGGUCCGCUAUUGGAGGAGAGAGGAUCAUCGUCUUCACCACCAAUUUCAAGGAAAAGCUCGACCCGGCUUUAAUCCGGAGAGGGAGAAUGGAUAAGCACAUCGAGCUCUCCUAUUGCGGAUUCGAAGCGUUUAAAGUGCUUGCUCACAACUACUUGGGGGUCGAAACCCACGAGCUUUUCCCGACGAUCGAACGAUUGUUGACGGAGACGGAAAUUACGCCGGCGGAUGUUGCUGAGAGCUUGAUGCCGAAAUCAGGUGAGGCGGACGAGACUAGUUGUCUGGAAACACUGGUUGAGGCUCUGGAGAAGGCUAAGGAAGACGCCAGAGUGAAAGCAGAGGAAGAAGAAAGGAAGAAGGUGGAGGAGAAAGCUAAAGAAGAUGCCAAAUUGAAAGGAGAGGAAGAAGAAAAAAUAAAGGCGGAGAAGGAAAAAGCUUAAGAAGCUGCGAAAUUGAAAUAUGAUGGAUUCAGGCCUUGGAAAAUUGUAAGCCUUAAUUAAUUAAUCAGUAAGGAGAUUCACAGUGUGUUACUAUGGAAUUCACAUAUCAUAAUUAUAUUACUCCGCAUGAUUUAUCAGUUAUAUCAAGAAAAAAUUCAACUUUUGAUCACAUGACUAUUAUAUCACUUCCACAUUUAGUCCUUUACUUUCGGAUUGUCCACAUUUAGUCUGUGACCAUUAUCCCCUCACCACUCCUCGUCCUUCCGACCAAAAUUCUGUCAAAUUUAAUGCAGAUUUUAGGUAUGAAAAACCAAAUUUAAUGCAACAAAUGAUAUAAAAAACCCAACCUUAUUUAAAAUUUAAUGCAAAGAGUCAUUCUGAGGCUGAUAAGUGGAUUAAAUUUGCCGGAAUUUUGGUCGAAAGGAAAAGGGGUGGUGAGGGGAUAAUGGUCACGGACUAAAUGUGGACAAACUGAAAGUAAGGGACUGAAUGUGGAAGUGGUAUAAUAGUCAUGAGACCAAAAGUGAAAUUUUUUCGUUAUAUCAAAAUUCAAAAUAUUUAAAGAUCUUACUGAUAAAUUAAACUUUCUAAACUUAGAAUACAUUGUUUUUUUCUUCGCAAUUGAGUGUAAGAAGAGUAUUUCACUUCUUGUGAAAUGAAACUGUUGUUUAGAAAGUACUUAUUGCGAAAUUAGUAAGUACUAAGAACCAUACUCUGAAACAAAUUUUAAGUAUUUACUUAAAAUUGAUCGCGAAUAAUAAUAUAUGAGAAUAUUGGGUACAAUCUCUAAAUAUGAAUCCUCUGAUUCUUCACUUGCAAUUUGACAUGAAUAUAAUUACAGGAAUUAAUUCAAAAUUAAAUCUUUAUCCCUUCAAACGAUCGAACGUUCUUCAGAUCUUCAAAUCUUUGUUCUUGAGAUCUUCGAAUCUUCGAAUCUUCGUUCGUCGGAUCUUCAAAUCUUCUUGAAUUAAGAACUCAACUUGAAGGGUCUCCGGCUUUCAAGUGGCUUGAUCUUCAACAAAAGGGCCGUUUUAUGGCUUGAUCUUUUGUUUAAGGGCCUCCCGGGAUAUAUGGCUUGAUCUUCAAUUGAAUUUCAAUUCAAUCUUCAUAUGAGUAUCUUCAAAUCUUCGAAGAUUCGUUCUUCAUAUCUUCGAAUCUUCAAAGUUUUGUUUUUCAGAUCUUCGAAUCUUCAAGCUUCGUUCUUCAGAUCUUCGAACGUUUUCAACUUUUGGAUUUAUUUUAUUAAGAAUCGACGAAAUCACGAAGGAUUAUUCGUAUAUUCUUAAUAAAAUUCGUGACUUGAUCUAUUCCUCUUCUUCGGAAUCGUUCAGAGCCUUUCAGGAGUUCUUGAGAGCUUUUCUACAACGUUUCUUCGUCUGAAAAAAUCUCUCC